AUUUCAAUUCGAAAAUUUUCGACUUUAUAAUAAAUAUCUUCACUCUGAUACCCAAUAUUACCAUUUCCGAUUUCUCCGAUAUUUUGUUGAUUGAAAUUGGAAUUUUAUAUAAUUCUUUUGAAAUUCCAAUUUUUCUAUCUAAUUUUGAUAUCCGAAAAUAAUUUUCUUUUAUUUUAUGUUUUCCGAUAUAUAUUAAACUAAGUCUAUAAAUAUGACUAGAGCCUAUUGCUUUAUUCGCCAUCACGAAUUUACUAAUCAAUUAGUAAACACCAAACACAACCAUGGCUUCUCUUGCCCUAUCGUGGUCAAGCGCCGCGGCGGCGGCGGCCGCCGCCUCCUCCCAAUUACCUCCCCCAUCAAAUUCCUCCGUCAAGACACAAACCCGCCGCUGUAAUAACAUCACAUGCAAAGCCACCAACAACGACAAAAACACGGAACCCACUCAGAAACUCGACAGAAGAAACCUCCUCCUCGGAAUCGGAGGCGUAUACGGCGGAGCAGCCCACCUCCUCUCCGCCGAUAAUCCCCCGGCAGCAUUCGCAGCUCCGAUCACAUCUCCCGACAUAUCGAAAUGCACCACCGGCACAAACCUCAACACCCAAAAGCCCCUGGACAUCAACUGUUGCCCGCCACAAUCCGCUGAGAUCAUCGACUACCAACUGCCGCCGGUCACCCAAAUGCGGUACCGCCCGGCGGCGCACCUCGCCGGAAAAGAGUACUACGCCAAGUUCGAGAAGGCCGUCGCCCUCAUGAAAGCCCUCCCGGCCGACGACCCCCGGAGCUUCAUGCAGCAGGCGAACGUCCACUGCGCGUACUGCAACCUGACUUACCCGCAAACCGGCGACCCGAAACUGAAGCUCCAAAUCCACAACUGCUGGCAUUUCUUCCCAUGGCACAGAUGGUAUUUGUAUUUCUACGAGAGAAUUCUCGGAAACUUGAUCGGCGACCCGACUUUCGGGCUGCCGUUCUGGAACUGGGACAAUCCCGCCGGAAUGGUGAUGCCGGAGCGGUUCGCCGUUCAGGACUCGCCGCUGUUCAACCCGCGGCGGAACCAGACGCACCUGCCGCCGACGCCGACGGACCUCGCGUAUUCCGCGAAGUCGCCGACGAAUCCGAAGAAGAUAAUCCCUAAUAAUCUGACGAUCAUGUACGGCGAGAUGGUGCGGAACGUGAAAAAGCUGGAAGAUUUCUACGGGGCGAAGUACGUGGUCGGGACGAAACCGGAUCCGGGUCCCGGGUCGGUGGAGCGUGGGUCACACACGGCGAUGCACGCGUGGGUGGGUGAGAACACCGCCAGCGGAGAGGAUAUGGGGAACUUCUACUCAACAGGGCGGGACCCACUUUUCUAUAGUCACCACACAAACGUUGACCGUCUCUGGACUAUAUGGCGGAACCAGAGAUCAGGGCCGAAGCAGCCCAAGGAUUUCCCGGAUUCUGAUUGGCUGAACGCCGAUUACCUAUUCUACGAUGAGAACGCGCGUCUGGUGCGCGUGAAGAACAGCGACACUUUAGAGAAUGAAAAAAUGGGGUACGUCUACCAAGAAGUCGACCUCCCAUGGCUGAAAAACCGGCCGGCGGCGCGCGUGACGAAGUCGAAGGUGGCGGCGACUACGGCGGCGCCGCCGCCGGAGACGGUGUUUCCGGUGAAGCUGGACAAGGUGGUGAAGGUUCUCGUGAGCAGGCCGAAGAAAUCGAGGAGCAAGAAGGAGAAGGAGAGCGAAGAGGAGUUGCUUGUGAUCGAAGGGAUUGAAGUCGACACCGCGAAGUUUGUGAAGUUCGAUGUUUUUGUGAACGACGAGGAUGACGAGGCGGCUGAUGAGCUUGACAAGGCCGAGUACGCAGGGAGUUACUCGCAGGUGCCGCAUAGGAAUUCGACGACCGUUAAGACGAGGAUUAGGUUAGGGUUGACGGAGCUUCUAGAAGAUUUGGAUGUCGAGGGCGACGACAAGAUUCUCGUUACGUUGGUGCCGAAAGCGGGCGGGGAGGAUAUUACUAUUGGUGGUAUCAAUAUUAUCUAUGCCGACGACGAUUGAGAGUUGUUUGUGUGGGAAGUUAUAUGCUGCAUACACCGCGUUAUUUACAUCGGAUAUUUAUUAAAUGUAGAUGAGGUUUCGUUAAACAAUUACCCGGUGUUAAUAAACCAGGUGUAGCAUCGAAUUUUCCCAUUGUUUGUGUGGUUUCGAUCUUUGUUAAGUGAUGAUAUUUAUUGUUGUAAUAAAAUUAAAAUUUGUGUAAUAAUUUGUGUUUGGCCAUUGAUGCUAAUAAGAGAUCUCUCCAAUUGUUUUGA